AUGCCACGCAAGGAGCAACGCAAUCGCCAUCAACCGAAGCGACGAUCGCUUCCAGCCCAGCCUGCGCCAACCGUUCCGUCGGACCGCGACCACCCCGAGUCGCCACCACCACUGACGCCCAUCCAACGGCGACCUCACCCCGCGAUGGACGCCCAGAUGGCACCACUGCCGCCGGCAGUCACUGGUCAGAGAUCCCGCCCGGCUGCAAAACCGACCAGCGCCGGGUCACCACCGCCGCUGGCCCCGAUCCGUCCGCAACUCAACGUCGACGAUAACGGGACACCGCUGCUAGCCACACUGCCAGCUACGACGAUCAGCACGGAACCACCCGCUGUCGUCCCGCUGGAGCCAACGCCGCCGGUGGAGGCCCCCACCGGAUCCUCAUCCUCGCCGAGGAUCAGCCCGACCUGGUGCGAGGGAUUGUCCUUAGAGGACAUGAUGACCGCGAUCCUGGCCGAGGACGGGGUCCCGACACCGUUCUGCUUGGACGACUUCCAGGCAGAGGCGACGCUACCCGGACGGUGCAGAAACCCCAGUCCGCCUGCCACCGGGGCUCCCGAUGAGUCGAUGGCCGCACUAAGGAUCUCCGACCUGACCACCCCUAUCGCCAACAACGGGCUCAUGGUCAUCACUCUGGCCUCGGACGAGCCCAUGACCACCGCUUUGGCUACCGACGAGCCCGUGACCGCCGCUGUGACUCCCAACGAGUCCAUGACCACCGUUUUGGCUCCCGACGAGCCCAUGACCUCCGUUUUGGCUCAGGACGAGCCCAUGACCACCGCCGUGGCCCCCAAUGAGCCCCUGACCGCCGCUCCACUCGAGGAGCUGAUGGCCGCCUUGGCCAGCCACGAGCCGCCGGCCGCCUCACCGACUGUCGAGCCGAUGGUCGCCCGGCAUCCGCCCGUAGCCGUUCCCGGAACCCUGGGAGCGGUCUACGAGGACAUCUCCGAGGAGGAGAUCAUGGAGAUAAGUUCCGGCGAAGACGAGGAGCCAGACCUGGCGCAAGACGCCAUCCUCAUCUCCGACGAGGAAGACAACGCCGGGAAGACCACGGCCGACCCACGGGAUCAUCCCAACAGGACCAUUGCCCGCCUCACGGGCGCAUCACCGGCCGCGGCAGCAGCCACCGGGACCACCAACGCGACACCCCUUGGGGACGCGAGAGUCUCCGGAAUCGCUGCCGGCGGACCGCCUGCCGUCACCCUGGAAACCACCCUUGCCAGGGCUGGGGGCAGCAGCCAGGGACACCACAGCACCAGUGUCGCGACUGGCCAGGGCAACCACAACGCCGGUACCGCCGCUAGCGCGCCCGACCUCGCCACCGGCCAGAGGACACCCCCUCGCUCGGGGCCACCUGACGCCCGCGCCACCCUUGGGCCACUCUUGGCAGAGCUGUUGGCCUCACCAGAGGGGCCCACAACAUCCGCUGACGCCAGCCGACGAGCCACAGCCCGAGCCGCCGCCGAGAGGCUGCUGCAAGCGGCACCUACGCGCGUCCCUCCACCGAGGAGCGCCGACAAGGUCACCGCUGGCUGCACCAUGGUCACCCCCCGGCCGAUACAGCGGGUACGGCCACUGCCCGCCACGGACGAAUACCGCUGGCGUUUUCGCCGCGCCCCGGCAGACCGCGACCCGGACGCGCCCACCGACGACCGCCCCGGCAUCCUGCGCAAUGCAGGCCGUCGACGCCGCGCUCCUUGGCCUGAGGAAGAGCCAAACUCGGACGAGGAGGCAUCGACGGACUCGGAACCCGAACCCGAACCGGAGGACUGGGUGCGCGCUCCUGCAGGCUGGACCACGCAGGGCGGAUGGCUCCCCGCCGAGCUCAUCGCGCAGGUGCAGGCGCGCCUCCAGCAGCCGGUCACCAAGUACCUGCGGUAUUUGAUAGAGAUGGGCGACACGACGUACCGCGUCCAGAUCUCACGCGGCGGAGACCGCGUCACCGUCCUUCCUCAUCCCCGAGGUAGGGAUGGAGUGUGA